AUGGUUUCUAUCCUGGCUCCAAACCCCACCUCGACUGAGUGCUGGGCAGCACUUCUACAUGAUCAUAUGACUCUUGAUAUGGAUGCAGUCCUGUCAGACUUUGUUCGGUCCACAGGGGCAGAACCAGGUCUGGCCAGAGACCUGCUGGAAGGCAAAAACUGGGAUCUGACUGCUGCUCUGAGUGAUUAUGAGCAACUUCGACAGGUGCACACCACCAAUCUGCCACAUGUGUUCAAUGAGGGAAGGUGCCCCAAGCAGCAGGAAAGAGACUUGCAACCAUCUGGGCACAAGGUGGAGCGGCCCUGCUCACAGAGACAGGAUGACAUUGCCCAAGAAAAACGACUUUCCCGGGGCAUCUCUCAUGCCAGCUCAGCCAUUGUCUCACUGGCCAGGUCCCAUGUGGCAAGUGAAUGCAACAACGAGCAGUUUCCCUUGGAAAUGCCAAUCUACACAUUCCAGUUACCAGAUCUUAGUGUGUACAGUGAAGACUUCAGGAGCUUCAUUGAGCGGGACCUGAUUGAGCAGGCGACCAUGGUUGCUUUGGAGCAGGCAGGGAUGUGGGGGUUUCAUGACCGAGACCUGGUCCUGCGGAAGGCUCUCUACACCAUGAUGAGGACAGGAGCAGAGAAGGAAGCUCUGAAGCGGAGGUGGCGAUGGCAGCAGACUCAGCAGAACAAGGAGGUGGAGGAAUGGGAGCGCGAGUGGACGGAGCUGCUGAAGUUGGCGUCAAGUGAGCCACGCACACACUGCAGCAAGAAUGGAGGCUCCGGCGGAGGUGUGGACAACACAGAGGACCCAGUGUACGAGAGUCUAGAAGAGUUCCAUGUUUUCGUCCUUGCUCAUAUAUUAAGAAGACCGAUAGUUGUUGUAGCAGAUACAAUGCUAAGAGACUCAGGUGGAGAAGCUUUCGCCCCAAUCCCCUUUGGAGGAAUUUACCUGCCUUUGGAGGUUCCUCCCAACAGAUGCCACUGCUCACCUCUGGUCCUUGCCUAUGACCAAGCUCACUUCUCUGCCCUUGUGUCCAUGGAGCAAAGAGAUCAGCAAAGAGAACAAGCUGUGAUCCCCCUCACGGACUCGGAACACAAGCUGCUGCCUCUGCACUUUGCAGUGGACCCUGGGAAGGAAUGGGAGUGGGGAAAGGAUGACAAUGACAACGCCCGGCUGGCUCACCUGAUAUUGUCACUGGAGGCCAAGCUGAACCUUCUACACAACUACAUGAAUGUGACAUGGAUCCGGAUCCACUCUGAAACUCGGGCCCCGCUGGCACAACCAGAGUCUCCAACAGCCUCAGCAGGAGAGGAUGUACAGUCCCUGGCCGACUCACUGGACUCAGAUCGCGACUCGGUGUGCAGCAACUCCAACAGCAACAAUGGCAAGAACAGCAAGGACAAAGAGAAGGAUAAACAGCGCAAGGAAAAGGACAAGACCCGCGCAGACUCCGUAGCCAACAAGCUGGGCAGCUUCAGCAAGACACUGGGCAUCAAGCUUAAGAAAAACAUGGGCGGGCUGGGCGGGCUGGUCCAUGGAAAGAUGGGCCGCUCCAACUCCGCCAAUUGCAAAAAUGGUGACCCUCCGGACCGCGGCAAGGAGAAGAAGGCCAAGGCUCGCAAGGGCAGCAAGGAGGAGUCCGGCACGUUGGUGAACACAUGGCCAAUGGAAAAGACCACGCCGUCACCCACGGACAAGGCAGCGGGCAUGUCACCGGCCGACAAGGGUGGGACGCGCGGGGACUCCUGGAAGUACAGCACAGACGUGAAGCUAAGCCUCAACAUCCUGCGUGCGGCCAUGCAAGGCGAGCGCAAGUUCAUCUUCGCUGGUCUGCUGCUCACCAGCCACCGCCACCAGUUCCAUGAGGAGAUGAUUGGCUACUACUUGACGAGCGCGCAAGAGCGCUUCAGCGCCGAGCAGGAGCAGCGCCGCCGGGACGCUGAUGCAGCCAUGGCCAAGCGACUGGCACGGAGGCCCGAGGCCGAGGGCUGCCCGGGCUCCGAGCGCUCCUCGCCAGGCCCGGCAGCUGGGCACCCUACGCAGCUGGUGCUCAAGUUCAAGGAGAGGCCAAGCCCAGGGCCCACAGCGGGCGCGCGGGCAAUGCGUGGGAGUACCAGCGGCACGCCUUCCCCAGCCAGUGGUGGGCGGCGUGGGGUGGCGGGAGGGUCGUGCCAGGGCCGCAGCCCUCCGCUGGCACGCCAGAGCGUUAUCCACGUGCAGGUGGCGGGAACGAGGGGCGAUGAGGCGGUGUGUGCGCCAGCCGUGGGCGUGCUCCGCCCGUGCGCCACGUACCCACAGCAGAACCGCUCACUGUCUUCGCAGAGCUACAGCCCUGCGCGCGCCGCCACCCUGCGCACUGUCAACACCGUGGAGUCUUUGGCGCGCGCUGUGCCGAGACCCUUGCCCAGCGCCACGAGCGCAGGCACUGAGCACAAGUCACAGACUUACACCAAUGGGUUUGCUGCCGCUUGCGACCCGCGCGAAGGUCUGGAGUUCGCAGACGUGGAGGCCCCGGCCUCCUGGUCGAACGGUGAGGACGGUUGCGGCGGGGCUGGGCCAGCCCAGCAGCGCUGCCAGCGGGAGAACUGCGCCUUCUACGGCCGCGUGGAGACGGAGCACUACUGCUCAUACUGCUACCGCGAGGAGCUGAGACGGCGGCACGAGGCACGAGGGCCCCUGCAGUGA